AUGGGCACGGCAUUACGCUCCAGCGCAAGCCAGUCAUGUAUCCGACGCCGUUUCAGAUUUCCUUUUGGCUAUCCGUUUAUCCUGACCGUUUCUCGCCCGAUUUGUGGGCCCGCCAAAUCAAAAGCUUUCGGACAACACUACCAUUCGCGUGCAAGCGCCGGAUAA